UGCGCACACGACACCGGAAGUAAAUGCGUGAGGCGGAAAAUGAAAAGAAUAAGUCGUCCUGAGUGUGAGGAUGGGCCUCUGUUUGAGGAGCAGGAGACUGAGGGACAGAGGCAGCUCCACAGCCUCCUCGUACAACAGCUGCACACACACGUGGACAUUCAACGAUGUGUCUCAAAGCGCCAGUGUUUCGCCCCCGCUGCCCUUUACUGUCCAUUUGGAGACCAGGCCGCUGGGGUACGCUCUCUGUCCCAGUUUCAGGCUCUUCAGGAUGGGGAGAAGGAGCUCAGCUCGCUGAGAGACCUGGGCCUAACAGAGGAGGAGAUCCAGCUGUGGAAGAACAGGGACCUCCAACAAACAGACAAGUCCCGUGGAGUGUGUGCGGACCCCAGUGCCAAAGAGCAGCGUUUGCAGGCGAUCAGGGAUAAGAUGGCGGCGCACGCUGAGCUCCUGUCCCGCCCCCAACGCUUCAACUGCAGCCGAGCCCUGACACGGCGCGAGAUGGAGAUCGAACAGGCGCUGUACCAGGGCAAUGAACGCCAGGGCUUCCUCUCUGCACUCUACCAUAGGGAUUUUACAGAUACUGUCCAGCAGAUGUCGACAUCGAGCUCCACUAUAGACUCAGUUUACAGGGAAGUUUUGGAAGAAGACCGAUUAACAGCUUUGAAACAAAACAAAAAACAACAAAAACUAAAGGAACAGACUGAAACUGACCAGUCAGAGUCCGAGUCCGGAAAAGAGGAACAAACUAGCCAAUCAGAAAAGCCCCGAGAAGAAGAACAGCUCCAAUUGGCUCCAGUGACGGAGAUUGAUCUGAAACAGCCAAUCAGUAGCCUCCGAGGAGGGUCACAUGUCCCGGUCACAGUCAGAGGAGAUGUCAAGGAUAUUUCAGAAGAAGAAAUUUUAUCAAAUCGAGAAUUGGCUGAAACGAUACAAAGCAUUCCCAGAUUUAGGAAUUACCAACCUGGAAAACCCUCCAAGGUGCUGUGUGUGAAGAACUUGGCUGCACAGACGACUGUGGCCCAGCUGGUGGCACUGUUCUCCCGGUUUGAGCAGCACGGAGGGGCCAUAGUUUACAAACUCCUGACAGGACGCUUAAAGGGACAGGCCUUCAUCACUCUGUCAGAUGUUGAAACGGCACAAAAGGCCCUCAAUCUACUCCAUGGAUACCGAUUACUGGGGAAACCGCUGGUCGUGGAGUUUGGACGUGAGAAACACGAUUCAGCUCAACAGCAGAAUCAAGAAAGGAGCUGAAAACAAUAGACAUGAAUGGACUAUUUAACCAUGGAAACCCACAGUGUGUAACAGCUUGGAUGUUUAUGUUGAUUUAAAGGACCUGUACCCCAAUACAAGCAGGUAUUUUACCAGAAAAGUUAGUGUACCUUACCAAGUCAUAAGUGUCCAAAUCAUCCAGCCAUACCUAUUAUUUUGCUUUUUCUUUAUUAGUUUGAAUUCCACAACAGACCAGUUACGUGGAGAAUGUGGCAAAACCAGACAACCCUACAACCAGUACAGUGUCUAUAGUCAGUGUGCCAAGUGUCUUGCUGAGGAGCAAUAUGAGUACACUCCUAUUUUGGAGAAAUGGCUAUUUCUCCAAGUAUCUCCAAUAUUCCCAAUUCAUUAGUUUCCUCUCUUGGUCAUAUCAAUGAUUUUUGAGGAUAUGCAAAAGGAAAUUAUGGUGUAUAACAAAAACAACAGCAAACAAUUUUUGGUGUUAUCUCCCACCUUCAAAUAAGCUCCCAGUUUUGACCAACCAUUGAGCCAGAACAUUAUCAGUUUCAGUUCAGUGUCGCUCUCACGUUUUCAUUAAAGGUUUUUAUUUAAACAUGUA